AUGCAGUCACCCCAGGAAUUUCAACCAACGCCCACGACACCGGGGCGCAUCGCAUCCUCCUCUCCGAAUCAGACUCGCCGUCUCGUCGAUCAUAAGCAAGAUAUAGUCGUCACAGCCACACCACAAACGCCGACACCGCGAGUGCCGUUCAGCACCCCGCUCACACCGCCCGACUCCAGCAAAUCUCGCAACUCCCUUGUCAACACGGGAGGGGCGGCGCCUGAUUUCCAGAAUUCGGGCCAGACGAACCAGCUCACGACCUCCAUCGACCUUUCCCAGCUUUCCUCGGCUCUCGAUAGUCCGUUGGCCCAGAAGAGUACAGGAUCGCUCGAGAACACUCGCUCGCCGGAGCUUGCUGCCUUGAACGUCAAAGUCAACGCCCCGUCUCCUCCCGCCCGUACGCCGCAGUCGGACAUGUCCGCCACCCCCACUACGACUGAGAAACCCGCUCCUCUCGAGGAUCACCGCACGCCGAACGUCUAUAUCAACGGCUUGCCGCCUAACUUCGCCGAGGAGGCACUGUAUGCCAUGACCAAGGAAUUCGGCACCGUGAUCAGUGUUCGAACCUUCACGCGUCACGUCUCAGAUCGCCCGAGUGGUUACGGCUUCGUUCUGUUCGAUUCCAAUGAUGCUGCUGAGUGCUGCAUUGAAAGUCUUAGGAAGUAUCGCAACCUGCAUCCCUCGUUCUCCAAGGCUGUCCACAAGAUUCCCGGUACCGUCUAUGCCCACGUUCCUGCCACUGGCUCAGGCAAAAAUACCGACCCACAUUCCUUCAAGUCGAAGAUGGAACGGCUCAAGGACGAGAGUUCUACGAAUCUCUAUAUGGAAGGGUGA